AUGGCGGAUGUUUUGGUAAUGAAAGAGAUUGAAGACAAAGCGUUGUCUCUCGGAAUUGAUUUAUCUACUGUUGAUCUUGAUUCCAUUCACCUCCCACCUGGUGAAGACUAUGGCAUAUUCAGUGAUGAUGAGGAAGUUUAUAAAGAGGAGAAUCUUGAGUUUGAUACUGGUUUUGGCAACAUUAUAGUAGUGGAUAAUACCCCUGUUGUUACGAAAGAUAAAUUUGCGAAGCUUGAAGGUGUUAUUAGGAAAAUUUUUAGUCAGAUUGGUGUUAUUAAGGAUGAUGGCUUCUGGAUGCCUGUUGAUCCUGCGACUGAAAAGACCGUAGGUUACUGCUUCAUUGAGUUCAAUACUCCUCAGGAAGCCGAGCUUGCUAAAGAGAGGGGCCAGGGAUACAAACUGGAUCGUUCUCACAUAUUUACAGUUAGUAUGUUUGAUGAUUUUGACCGUUUUAUGAAAGUGCCAGAUGAGUGGGCUCCUCCUCCAAAAAAGGAUUAUGCUCCAGGGGAAAAUCUUCAACAAUGGCUUACUGAUGCUAAGGCCCGAGACCAGUUUGUGAUUCGUGCUAGUUCAGAUACUGAGGUUUUGUGGAAUGAUGCUAGGCAUUUAAAGCCUGAUCCUGUUUAUAAACGUGCAUUUUGGACUGAGAGUUUUGUACAAUGGUCUCCUCUGGGCACAUACUUGGCAACAGUUCACCGUCAGGGGGCAGCAGUCUGGGGAGGUGCUACAACCUUCAAUCGUCUCAUGCGUUAUGCUCAUCCCCAGGUGAAACUUAUUGAUUUUUCACCUGGUGAGAAGUAUUUGGUAACUUAUAGCAGCCAUGAACCAAGCAAUCCCCGGGAUGCUAAUAGGGUUAUAAUAAAUAUAUUUGAUGUGAGAACUGGUAAAGUGAUGAGAGAUUUUAAGGGAAGUGCUGAUGAUUUUGCUAUCGGAGGUACCGGCGGUGUCACUGGAGUGUCUUGGCCUGUUUUCAAAUGGAGUGGUGGAAGAGAAGAUAAGUACUUUGCGAGGAUGGGGAAGAAUGUACUUUCUGUAUACGAGGCAGAAACAUUUUCUCUCGUUGACAAAAAAUCCUUAAAGGUUGAAAAUAUAAUGGAUUUCAGCUGGUCACCAACUGAUCCAAUCAUUUCACUGUUUGUUCCUGAGACGGGAGGUGGGAACCAGCCUGCCAGGGUAAGUCUUGUUUCAAUCCCCAGCAAAGAAGAGCUCAGACAAAAAAACCUUUUUAGCGUCAGUGACUGUAAGAUGUACUGGCAGAGCAAUGGGGAUUAUCUUGCUGUUAAUGUGGACCGAUAUACCAAGACAAAGAAAAGUACUUACACUGGCUUUGAGCUUUUCCGUAUUAAGGAACGUGACAUACCCAUUGAAGUUCUAGAGCUUGAGAAUAAGAAUGAUAAGAUCAUUGCAUUUGCAUGGGAGCCAAAGGGACAUAGGUUUGUUGUUAUUCACGGGGAUAACCCUAAGCCUGAUAUUAGUAUCUAUUCUAUGCGGACUGCUCAGAACACUGGCCGUGUUUCAAAGCUUACUACUCUGAAAGGAAAGCAGGCAAAUGCUUUAUUUUGGUCUCCUGCAGGCCGCUUCAUUGUAUUAGCAGGGUUGAAAGGCUUCAAUGGACUGUUGGAAUUUUACAAUGUUGAUGAGCUUGAGACCAUGGCUACUACUGAUCAUUUUAUGGCAACUGAUGUUGAAUGGGAUCCAACUGGAAGGUAUGUUGCAACUGCUGUGACUUCGGUUCAUGAAAUGGAAAAUGGAUUCAAUAUAUGGUCUUUCAAUGGCAAACAUCUUUAUCGGAUAUUGAAGGAUCACUUCUUCCAGUUCUUAUGGAGACCUAGGCCACCAUCCUUCUUGACUCCCGAGAAAGAGGAAGAGAUUGCAAAGAACUUGAAGAAGUAUAGUAAGAAAUAUGAAGCAGAAGAUCAAGAUGUUUCGUUGCUGCUGAGUGAGCAGGAGCGUGAGAAGCGAAGGGUCUUGAAAGAAGAUUGGGACAAGUGGGUCAAUGAGUGGAAGCUGAUGCAUGAAGAAGAGAGGUCGGAGAGGAUAAAUCUGAGGGACGGAGAAGCUAGUGACGAGGAAGAAGAAUAUGAGGCAAAGGACAUUGAAGUUGAGGAGGUAGUCGAUGUUACCAAAGAGAUCCUUCACUUUGAGUAUGGUCAAGAGUGA